AGCAUGGCAAACCCAAACCACCACCCUCCAAAUUUGAUGGUAACUGAAAGUUUUCCAUUUAUAGAUCAUGUGGUUCUCCUAAUUUUUACACACUUUAGAUGCCGCCAAAAAAAACCUUUGGUCCAAACGUCCCUAUGAGAUUCAAGAUUCACCUAGGUUGGUCUUCUUCUUCUCCUUCUUCCUGGAGGUGGGAGGGAGAAGAAAUUCUCUGGCUAUGGCUGAUUCACGAACAACAACAACAACGACAAGAAGAACUGCAGGGCCAAUAUUGCCACCACCUCCAGGCUCAGGCGGCCAUUUCGAACCAAAAGGUUCGCGCCACGUCGCGUUCAUGGAGUUGCCUCCGAAACACCACUCGGAUUACGAAAGAAGCAGCGACUCCUCCGAACACAAUCCACAUUGCUUCGCUUGCGGCAUGCGCACGUUCAUGUGCAUCUUCGUCUUCUUCCUCCUCCUCUUGGUUAUCGGCGCCAUCUUCAUUUCCUUUUUGUAUGCUGGUUUACCCAGGGUUCAGAUCCGCCGUUUCGAAUUCUCGAAGCUCAACAUCUCCGAGAAAAUCAGCAACACUAGUAAUAGUACUAGUACCUCAGGAAAGGUCCAUCUGACCGCGGACACGGACAUACUGAUGGUGUUCAGGAACAGGAACGGGAUUUCGAAGCUCAAAUACGGCUCAUUCUCCGUCAAAGUUUCUUGGCAGGAUAUAAAGUUGGGAAGGACGGAGAUCGCUGCGUUCACACAGGACAAGAACAACAGCACCACGUUUAGCCUUCGAACACGGGUUGAAGAACAAGAGGUGGAUUUGGAGGAUCUGAAUGAAUUGAAAACGGAGUUGGAAAAUGAGAAUGCGGUAUUCCAUUUGGCUCUUAGAGGAGAUUUGGGUUUCAACUUUGGAUCCCUCAACGUCCAUGGCUUGCCAACUUCCAUCAACUGUAACCCUAAAAAGCAACAAAUUGAUCUCGCCAGGAGGCCUCGUUGCAGAGUUAGGCUUUUCCCUGUAUGAGGUGGAAGAUUGAGGAAUGGAUUGUGUAGAGGCUAUUAUUAGGUUAGUAGAUAUUUGUUAUAAGAUGACUGGCAAUGGGACAAUAUCUUUUAAAUAGUACUGUCCAACAUAACUUGAAAGCUUCCGAGUUAAUAAUAUUUUCCAAAAUAACUUGAAAGCGUCCAGGUUAACGAGUAACAUUUUCAAGUAUUGUUACUGUAACUUACUGUUUUUUUAUUUUUUUAUUUUAUAUAUAUAUAUAUAUAUAAAUAUUACUGUAACUUACUGUUGUAAUAUUGUUAUUCAUGAACCUAGUAUUUCUCCUUCUAUUUUUA